GGGGUUUCCCGAAAGGUUCAGGAAUGCUGUCGCAUUUCGUUUAGGUGGCGUCGUAAAUGAAAAGAAGGCGGAUGGCUUAGUUACACCAGAGAAGUCGUCUAUACGAUUUUGAGAGUCCCUAGAGAGCCAGGUCUCGUGGAAAGAGACAGGCGGAGCGAACUACUUCUCCCAUGAGGCCAGGGGCAGCUCUGCGCUUUCCACCCUGGGAGUUGUAGUCUCUAGCCUCUCGGAUCCAACGGCAACCUCAGCGUGUGGCUCUGUUAAACAGAAAUCUUUGCACUGCCGCCGCCGAAGGUGGAAUUCCUUGAUUAAUCGUUCUCGCCCGCUAUUAGCGGAACAUGUUGCAGUAGACCCACAAGGCUCAGCGGGGCUGCACGAGGUUAGUUGCUAAGCAAGGAGAGCUUCGGUCAACUGCCACCUUGGCCACGGCGACAGGAACUCUCAUAUUCGUCGCUACUCCAAGGCCCCCACCAUGCCUCACAUCGACAACGAUGUCAAACUGGACUUCAAGGAUGUCCUGUUGAGGCCCAAACGCAGUACUCUUAAGUCUCGAAGUGAGGUGGAUCUCACAAGAUCCUUUUCCUUUCGAAACUCAAAGCAAAUGUACACUGGGAUCCCUAUCAUUGCUGCCAAUAUGGAUACUGUGGGCACCUUUGAAAUGGCCAAGGUUCUCUCUAAGUUCUCCCUCUUCACUGCUGUCCAUAAACACUACAGCCUCGAGCAGUGGAAAGUGUUUGCUAGCCAGAAUUCUGACUGUCUUAAGCAUCUGGCUGCCAGCUCAGGCACAAGCUCUUCUGAUUUUGAGCAGUUGGAACAGAUCCUGGAAGCGAUUCCCCAGGUGAAAUAUAUAUGCCUGGAUGUGGCAAAUGGCUACUCUGAACACUUUGUUGAAUUUGUAAAGGAUGUGCGGAAGCGCUUCCCUGAACACACCAUCAUGGCAGGGAAUGUGGUAACAGGAGAGAUGGUGGAAGAGUUGAUCCUCUCUGGGGCUGACAUCAUCAAAGUGGGAAUUGGACCAGGCUCUGUGUGUACCACCCGGAAGAAAACUGGAGUGGGUUAUCCACAGCUCAGUGCAGUGAUGGAGUGUGCAGAUGCUGCUCAUGGACUUAAAGGCCACAUCAUUUCAGAUGGAGGCUGCAGGUGUCCUGGGGAUGUGGCCAAGGCUUUCGGAGCAGGGGCUGACUUCGUAAUGCUGGGUGGCAUGCUGGCAGGGCACAGUGAGUCAGGUGGUGAGCUCAUCAAGAGGGAUGGCAAGAAGUAUAAGCUCUUCUAUGGGAUGAGUUCUGAAAUGGCCAUGAAGAAGUAUGCUGGGGGCGUGGCUGAGUACAGGGCCUCAGAGGGAAAGACGGUAGAGGUGCCCUUCAAAGGGGAUGUGGAACAUACCAUCCGAGACGUCCUUGGAGGCAUCCGCUCCACAUGUACGUAUGUGGGAGCAGCUAAGCUGAAGGAGCUGAGCCGGAGAACUACCUUCAUCCGUGUCACCCAGCAAGUUAAUCCAAUCUUUAGUGACAUGACCUAGGCUUGAGCAGUUCUGCCCUCCCAAGGCACUAGCACCAUGCCACAGGGCGUCCCAAGCAGGCCCCUCACCCAUCCCAGCUACUAUGACUAUUAUUUGGUCAUCUCCUGUCGUCUCACUCCUGCAGUAAUUCUGUACUUCUCUUAUCUGCACACACAAAAUGCCCGGGCAUUCACUCACUGGGAAGGAAGCAAGGAAGGCAGGCUGAUAAAAUGAAGUUAAGAUAAUCAAAUGGGAAUCUGGGGACCUAGCUCCUGAAGAUUAUUAAAAGAAAAAGAUAGUGAUUCAUACAUAAGUGUUUCAUAUGGCCAAUGUCUGGAAGAGGUCGGCUUUUAGAAUCAUGUUUUGUUAAUCAGCUUCAUUAAAUAGGAUUUUUGACUAUCUAAAAAUCUCAGAAGAAUUGUUUAUAUAUUUUAAAUAGCUCAAUAAAGAAAUAUCCCAAUGACUGUAAA